AUGCCAAACCGAUUCCAGUCAGCGUCCGAAGGUCCACUUCUGAAGUCCUCCAAUGGCGAUGACUUCGAAGUUCUCCAAGUUGAUGUGAAACCACAUGAUCGCCUCCCUAUUAUCGAUCAACUCGAAAGAGCACUAAUCACCGCCCUCGUCAAUGUGGCUUCUCAGGCCUUGAAAAACGAGGUAUCGGACGUUUUUAAUAUCCUCUCGGGUUGCCUGCUGCGCCUGCUCUCCGCCUGGACAUCCGCCUUCGUGGAUGACUUCUCAAUGAGCGAAGCGGGCCGGUACCUCAUUGGCCUUCUGGCCUUGGAGCCGAACCUCUUGGGACGCACUGCCCCUAACACAUCCCUUGGCUUCCUUUCACUUCUGCGGAGAAAUUUGAAGAUUCUCGAAGCAGUCUUGUUGUUGCCCAGUUCGGAGGAGUAUCCUAUUGGCAAAACCUCCAUGACGCAGUCCACGGCUGCCAUUUUGGACGCGAUGCCCAACCCACAGCUAACCGUUGACCACAGUCUACCCGUAUCGCCGACCUCUAUCAGCACUCUCUACGACUGGAUUGAUAGCGUUACUUCACUUCAGCUAAACUCCCCGUCUCCCGGGCUUGAUCCAAAGUACACCAUUAACAGCGAUCGUCCGAUGGCGACGCUGAUUGAAAAUCGGCCUAUUUGCGAUGCAGCUGGUGGUGGUCAUCAGGAGACAACCGAGUUCCUGGACCAAUUGCGCCUGUUCUAUGACCAGGGCCAACACCAGUGGUUGGCAACCGUCUCACAGAUCAACUACAUCCUAACGGAGAGGGAUCACUUUCUGCAUACAUUGGCGGGGGCGUGUCAGCAGGCGCUGAAACUUUCAGGGCAUGCUGCUGACGCCUCAUCUUCCGUCAGUUGGUGGUGUCCUGCUCCCCCACCGGAACUCGGCCCUAUUUCGCCUAGAACCCGCCGCCAGCCGCCUCCAAUCUCUCUACACACCAUUUGUGACAGUUUGGUGGCGCCCUUCCCCACGCCUGUGGGCAACGCUAUGCGUAAUCGUUUAAUUCAGGCCCAGAUCACCUGGCUGCGUGGAGAGAUGUGCAAUUUUGACUACCUCAUGGUGCUAAACACUGUCGCCGGACGCACCUACAAUGACCUCACGCAGUAUCCCAUUUUCCCCUGGAUCAUCUCGGACUUCAACAGUGAAGUACUGGACCUGUCUAAGCCCUCCUCCUUUCGGAAUCUUCACCGGCCGGUCUCGGUGCAGACAGAGGCCAGAGCUGAGAAGCACCUCACAAAGAUUUCUGUCAAGGUUUGUAUCAUUGUCGUUCAAAUACCUAUUAGUCCCAGCAAACCACCUACUGCGAUUGGCGUGGUUUUUGCGAAUAACUAUUCACACUACGCUGAACUCUCUAAUUUCGCUGUGAUUAUCAAUGGCAACUUCGACGCUCCGGAUCGGUCCUUUCACUCAGUGGCCACGGAAUGGCAGCUAGCCACGAGUUCUGUUGCCUGCACGAAGGAGCUAGUGCCUGAGUUCUUCAUCCGACCAGACCUGUUCGCCAACUGGGAGAACUUCGAGUUGGGCAGUCGACAAAAUGGCUCCCCAAUUGACUGCGUAGUUCUGCCACCAUGGGCCAAGGGCGAUCCGCGUCUCUUUACUCUGGUCAAUCGGGCCGCCUUCGAGAGUACCUAUGUUACCGCCCAUCUUCCCGCUUGGAUCGACCUUGUUUUCGGCUACAAGCAGACGGGUCGCAACGCCGAACGGGCUCUCAAUCUGUACAACCCUUUUACUUACUUCGGUGCUAUUGACGUGGACGCAAUCGAGGACCCUGUCCGCCGGUGCGCUGUUCAGUCCAUGAUACGCAACUAUGGACAAGUGCCCAGACAGCUCUUCCCCAACCACCCCCAUCCCCGAAGGACAAUUGAUCCCCUCCGUGACAAUCUCACCAAGGAGGUGGCUGUUUCGGGCAAAGCGGCGGAAUUUCUGGGCUUCAUCUGGCUCAUUCGUCUCUUCCUCUCCUCCCUCCUUGCUCCUGCUGCCUCCCCCCUGCCGACAGAGGAGGGCAUGGUUAAUUGCGGCAACUGGGAUUCCUCAGUCGCGGUGGUGAACCCUCCCUCUGAGAUGGAUGAUAGCGAGGAAAGACAACAAGGGCUGACCCGGGGCCUCAACGUCUCCGUGGUGCCCCAGACCGCUGGCGCCCCCCUCGACACCGUUAUCGGACUCGCUUGGGGAAAGUGGGCCGGUAGCCCUGCAACCGAUCCGGUAACAUUUGCGCGCCUUCACUAUGCCCCUAUUGAUAGUGAUGCUGGUGGUAUUGAUUUUCCAUGCGCUUCGCGUUGUCUGGCUCACGAACCUCCAAGGAGAGUCAUUGAUGGGAAAGCAAAAAAGACUGUCUACUCCUAUCGGGCGAGCUUUCAACAUGACUGGGGCCCUUUGGCUCAGGCCUCUCAAUGGCUCUCUCACGCCUUCGGCACUACAGCUGCCCCAUGUUGUCACUGGCAGCAGCUUUAG